UUUAUCUCCUGGAUGCGGUGGGGUUUCCAGUGCUGGAAAAAAUGCUGCAAAGGGUAUAAAUUUGUUCUUGGACAAUGCAUCCCAGAAGAUUACGACGUGUGUGCCGAGGCUCCCUGUGAACAGCAGUGCACGGAUAACUUCGGCCGAGUGCUGUGCACCUGUUAUCCAGGGUUCCGGUACGACCGGGAGAGACACCGGAAGCGCGAGAAACCUUACUGCCUGGAUAUCGACGAGUGUGCCACCAGCAACGAGACGCUGUGUGCACACACGUGCAUCAACACCGUGGGCAGCUACCGCUGUGAAUGCCGGGAGGGUUACAUCCAGGAGGACGACGGGAGGACGUGCACCAGGGGAGACAAAUACCCCAACGACACUGGAACCAUCUUCCUGGCCGUGGAGCCGUCACCUCCUGACCGGGGGAUCCUCUUCUCUUUCCAGAUUGCCCUGCUCCCCAACAGUGCUGCCGACCUGGGCAAGUACAUCAUGGGCAACAAGAUGCUGGCCUCAAACACCUACCUUCCGGGACCUCCUGGGCUGCCUGGGGGCCAGGGCCCUCCGGGCUCACCAGGACCAAAGGGGAGCCCAGGCUUCCCUGGUAUGCCGGGCCCUCCUGGGCAGCCCGGCCCGCGGGGCUCAAUGGGACCCAUGGGACCAUCUCCUGAUCUGUCCCACAUUAAGCAAGGCCGGAGGGGCCCUGUGGGUCCGCCAGGUGCGCCAGGAAGAGAUGGCUCUAAGGGGGAGAGAGGAGCUCCUGGACCCAGAGGGUCACCGGGACCCCCUGGGUCUUUCGACUUCCUGCUCCUUGUGCUGGCUGACCUCCGCAAUGACAUCGCCGAGCUGCAGGAGAAGGUGUUUGGGCACCGGACACACACUUCAGCAGAGGAGUUCCCUGUACCUCAGGAAUUUUCCAGCUAUCCGGAAACCAUGGAUUUUGGCUCUGGAGAUGAGUACCCAAAAAGAACCGAGAUGAGGGACUUGGGACCCACAAGAGACUUUUACCCUUAGCACAUCCCAUCAUCAUCAUGCCAAAGGAGGAGAAAAGAGUGUUUUCACCUGCAGUUAAAUCAUAGAAAGAAAAAAAAAAAACAACCCAACCCACUGGAGACCUAGAAAAGAUACAUCUUUAAUUUCUUUCACUCUUUUCCUGCCUUUUUCCCUCCUGCUCUUCUUCUAAAUAAUAUUUUCAGAGUCCCCUGCCAGAGACAUGAGGGAGUAAGUCACUCAUUUACCUGCUUCCCUCCAAGAGCCAGCUGGGGGCCGGGGGGGGGGGUGGUACAUAUUGGAACUUUCCUUUUACUUCCUUCUUGUUCACGAGUUUCUGGAUUUCUGAGUUAGGUACUCUCAUGGUGUCUUAAAGUUUAGCAGAAUAUCCAAAAGGGAAAGGUGGCAAGGUGAACUCUGAGAAGACAUGAGGUUACUUAUUAAAAAAAAAAAAAAAAAUAGUUGUGUGUCCAAAAUAGACUAUUACUCAGUAUUAAAAUUAGCCUUCUUUAAUUAAAAGGGGGAAGACAACAAUGUAUGUUUACCUUGGUGGAUAAUUCUUUUUCCUUGUCAAUCUAAUAUAUUUUAAAUAUUCUAUCCUCUUAUCCAACCUUGUUUCCCAAUUUUGAUUAAAGGAAGGAGGGAAAUAAGGAGCAGAGAUUAGGGAAGACGGAGGAAAAUUAUAGUCCUAUAUUUCCUGUCCUAUGAGUUGCCACAUUCUAAAUUCCAAUAUGACUAUUAAGGGUUUGUGCCAUGCAUAUCUGUAAGUUUCCUCUUCAGAGAAGAUUAUUACUCUAGCUGUAGGAGUAAAUCCUCUUCUCAAAACAAAGUAAAUGAAUGAAGUGCCCAGAUUCUCAUUAGAAUAAUGGGCUCCUGGUUUGCCAAGACACUUUAAAGCUAUUUGAUCAAAUGAAUGGGCUUGCUCAGUAAAUCACGGAUUGUUAAAUAAGGGUGGCCGACCCUUAGGGACCCCCGCUGAGUGGCCUGACUCUGGGUGCCCGGGAGAGGCCGUUACACUGUGAUCCUAGUUAGAUCAGUGUGCACUGUUCUAGCUGGAGGCUGGAAGGAGGUCGCUCGCUUGGGUCACUGGGGAGGGAGAAGGGGAGCCUCAGGCAGGGUCCCCACAGAAUCGGCAGAGGCAAGUUAAUUUGCACUCCUUGGGAAUUGGAAGUCCUUGUCUGGGGCCAGCAAAGCUUGCCAAUACAGAGAGUAACACACUUUUGGACAUCCUCUUGGAUGCAGAGCGAAGAAAUAACAGUUUUUCUUGUUUGGCAGAAAUUUCCUUCCCACUAUUCCCAUUUUUCCUUAAUUUUCCAUCAUUUAGUCCAAGUUCUAGUUCUCACAGGCCUUCUCCUUGAUCCCCCUUCCUCAGCAGAUGUGGGAAGCAGCUGGGAAAGGGGUGUAUUCUCAAACCUGCCAGUGAGUCUGUGGUCGCCCAUACACCUCUGGGUCCCAGAGGGAGGCGUAUUCCAGAAAAGACUUCCUCUGGUUCCUUAGAAAUGGGAGCAAGAGAAACCCUGAAGAGAUCAGCAGGAGCAUCUGCUCCUUUGGAAUAUCAUCGGGGAACCUCUUGGUUUUGAUGGGGAGCACACCGUUUUCCUCAAGUCCCCAUUGGAUCUGCCACCCAGAAAGGCAGCCACCUGUUUGGGGGCCCUUUCCCUCCCUAUACUGAGCGUCACAGAUGAUGCUGGUCACACACUUGCUCAUGGUGGGGUUCCUCUUCCCUGCCCUGCGAUUUCUCCCCACAUUUCUGGGAGGUGUGUGCUUGCCUCUCUUUUUCCUUGUUGCCCUUCAUUUAACUCUCCUCCUGGGAAAGCUUGUUGACGAGAGCACUGUUGGUGUGCGGACACCCGCCUCCUUGCCACCUUCUCUCUCCAGAACGCUAGGAAGGGCUCCUGUUUGUGGGUCUCCCGCGACAACGACCUGCCCUGCCUUGUUGCCAUCAGGGUACAAGUACUGACUCCAGUCAGUCAGCCACUGCCUGGGCUUUUCGUUUCUUCCUCUUGCACAAUUCCCGGUACCAGCCCGCCAAAAGGUCACAGCGACAAGCAAAUGCAUUCUCAGUGCUCCUUUUCUAGCAUUUUCCCUCCCCCUUCAGUCUCUCCAGAGUCUGAUCUCCACAGCCGGAGGCCUCGCCAACCUCGGGUUCACCGAGAGCUGAGCUAAGCCGCUGUUGAUUCCCAUCUGGAACGCAUUUAAUGCCGCCUGUUCGCAGAGCACAGUAUUUAAAGGGUGUGGAUGGAUGGGUGCUAAAGCAAAUUAUUCACAGGUCUUAUGAAAGACGAUUAGGUCCAUCUUUGAUUUUUUUUUUUUAAUGAGGAUUUGUGUUUAGAAAUACAAACUUCUUUAUUGUCAAAUUCUAAAAUGCAACCAAAACUGCAUGUUUGACCAGAGGCUAGGAUAAUAUAUAUUAAAAAAGGAACUGAAGGAAGCAAUAUCUGGCAUUCAUGAGCCUACUCUACAUCCUAUUCUCCAGCAAAUCACACAAGAACCUGUAGAACUUCAAUCUGCUAGAUGAGGGCAGUUUAUAGCUGUUCAUCCUCAGAUUUUCAAAACUUGGACUGCUAUUCAGGACCAAAUAGGUACUCUGUAUGCCCAAAUUAUACUGUUCAAAGAUAAGACACAAUACUGUUACUCCUAAUGUAUCUUUAGGUUAUGGAUAGAACGUCAAAGCUCAUUGGCUAAACAGGGCUUCUCAAAACCUAAUGGGGGAUAACAUUUGCUACAGCUUUGCUAAGCCACUCCGUGUUUUAUGGGGGAGAAGAGAUCUUUGUGGAAAUGUUGACUUUUCAUUUUUUGCAUUGCAUCCUGAUAACUAGAAUUUAGAAUAGGAACCUAAUCAUUGCUUUUGUUUUUGGAAAGCUGUGGGAAUAAAAAUAGGCUGUUGAAAAUAGUGCAAGGAGAGCAUACAUUUUAGUUUAGGAAAAUCCUCCUCCCUCCCCAGUUCCAGAAGGAGAAAUUAUAAGCUUUAUUAUGCCGAAGUGGGGGGGGGUGGUACAAAGGCAAAGCUGCCUUCUCUGUCCUGGGUUUAUGCCACCAUCCGCCACUGAGUGAACUGACCAACUGAAGUCAUCUCUGCUGUAUAAACUCAGGCAGGUGGGUCCAUAUGCACACUGGCACACCAAAUACCAGGUGAAGGGCACCCCGGUCCUGGUCCUGCUCCCUCUCCAGGAUUCACAACUACUCUUUGCCUUGUGAUGGCUUUUCCCAGGCAGGCAGGGGCAGAUCGUCGCUGUGACUAGGCGCCAGGCACCUCCUUGCACCGAGGGCAAGUCCCUCAUCACACUUUGGGUAUCACUGCCCCUCCCACUCCCCAAGGCCGGCCUGUCACACAGAGACAGGAGCCUCAUUGUGCAACCUUGACAUCUCUCAGAUAACCUUCCUGAAAGGGAAAUUUAUUUGUAGGAAUCCAGGCCAAACAGCUAAUAGAAUAGAGCCAUCUCAAGUUGUUGUUAAUGAAUUCAGGGAAAUAGAUGAAGUUUUUCCUGGCAUGGUCAGCAUGUGUAUUUCCCAACAAAUCAAAAAAUAAUUUUCCAUAUGAAGGAAAAAAAAACCCUCAUGACUGUAAUUGUUAAAGCAUAAAAUCUUGGACUUCACAGCCUCCUUCAAAAAAUAUUACUGCUUUAGGGAAAGUCUAGAAGACAGACCCUUCUACACAUCCCCCAGAGACCCUCGGCAUUCUUUACGAGAUCCUAAGAGCACGUGCCCUGGAGGAUUCUGUGUGUGUCACGACUGUUUUUAUUUCGCAGUGACUAGUCCUAUACUUCAGUAGCUGGGUUCAUUAUUUAUAACAGGUCCAUAUCACAGUUGAGCUAAUAUUCAAACAGUUAUGGAUGUGAUACUAUGAAGUACUUUUGAUAAGAUUAUAUAUGCUUAAUAAAGUUAUUUUUCUUA